AUGGCUGAUGAGAACACAAAUUCAGUGAAUGAGUCAGUUUCAGAACAAUACAAAAUUAAAGGAAAUGAGUCUUUUAAAUCAGGCAAGUAUAACGAAGCUAUUGAAUAUUAUACAUUGGCCAUAAAGACUUCACAGGCCUCAAAUGAAGCUCAAGAUAAAAAUUUGCACAUUUACUAUUCUAACAGAGCACUAUGCCACAUUAGGCUUGAAAACUUUGGCUCAGCUAUUGAGGAUGCUGGGGAAAGUAUUAAAUGCUACCCGAGUUUUUCAAAAGCAUAUUAUAGAAGAGGUAUCGCAUAUUUUAAUCUACUUAAAUAUUCUCUUGCGAGAAAGGAUUUUAUGAUGGUUUUAAAUUUGACUGAGAAUGACAGAGAUGCACAGUCGAAGAUUCAAAUUUGUACCAAACUAAUUAAACAAGAAAAGUUUAUGAAUGCAAUUUCAACAGAUAGAUCAAAGUUGGUACAUGAGACUCUAGAUUUUAGUGCCCCAGGCUUUGUUGUUCCUGAUGAAUAUUCAGGACCUCAUUAUAUUUCUUUGGCAGAUAAUUCAAAAAAUACUCAAUCAGGUAAUGAAAAUAACUUUCGAUCUAGAGAAUUUGUCAUACCAAAAACCUUAGACAGUUCUCUGAUUAGAGAGUCGUUUGUGACGGAACUGAUCGACUUUUUGAAGAAUCCAGAGAACAGAUUACAUAGGAGAUAUGCAUAUAUGAUUGUUUAUGAUUUAAUACAAGUACUUAAAGAGGUUGCUCCCAAACCACUUGUUAGAAUUAAUAUUGGUAAACAAGAACAUAUUACUGUAUGUGGAGAUAUUCAUGGUCAAUUCUUUGAUCUUUUGAAUAUUUUUGAUAUUAAUGGCUUACCUUCUGUAAAUAAUGGAUAUUUAUUUAAUGGAGAUUUUGUAGAUAGAGGGUCAUUUUCUGUUGAAGUUAUUCUUGUGCUUUUUACUCUGAAAAUUAUGUACCCAUAUCAUGUGCAUUUAGCUAGAGGUAAUCAUGAAACAAAGAAUUUGAAUAAAUUGUAUGGUUUUGAAGGGGAAGUCUUGGCAAAAUAUGACUCUGGUCUUUAUGAUUUGAUUAGUGAGGCAUUUUGUUUUCUUCCUUUGGCCCAUGUUAUUAAUGAUAAAGUUUUUGUAGUUCAUGGAGGUCUUUGUUCGGAAGACAAUGUAAAACUUAAUGAUAUUGAGCAACUUUAUACUAGAUGUGAACCAGCUGAUUCCGGUUUUAUGUCUUCAUUACUUUGGUCUGACCCACAACAAAAAGAAGGAAGGUCUCCUUCUCCUAGAGGAGUUGGGUGCAAUUUUGGGCCAGAUGUGACACUCAAUUUUCUCAAAACUAAUAAUUUGGAUUAUAUUAUUAGAAGUCAUGAAGUUAAACAGGAAGGUUAUAGUGUUGACCAUGAUGGAAAGUGUAUUACAGUUUUUUCUGCACCCAAUUACUGUGAUUCAAUGGGUAACAAAGGCGCAUUUAUCAAGAUACAUGAAUACGAUCUUAAGCCCAAUUUUGUUCAGUUUUAUGCUGUUCCACAUCCACCAGUUCCAGCAAUGAAAUAUGCAAAUUCUAUGCUUUCAUAUGGAAUGUAA